AUGGCAGAUCCAGCACCUAGUAAAAGUGAUAUUGAGGAAAUUUUUAAAAGAUUACGAGCUAUCCCAACAAAUAAGGUUUGCUUCUUUAUUUACUAUAUGACAUUUGAAUUAUAUAAAAAAGAUUGAAUUAUAUAAAAACAUAGAAUAUUUGACCUGACAAUUAUUUCAACAUUAAGAUCAUAUUUUCAUUCCAACCUGUAAUUUCCCUAGUCUUCCGUUUCAUGACACUCAUUGCAAGGCAUGUUAAUUUAUAUUUCAAAAUAUUUGUAUAUAAAAAUUUGUAUAUAACUCUCACGUAUUAGAUCAUCAAUUGAAUUUAUGACUUAUAAUUGAAUAAUUAAUUAAACAUUACUAUAAUAUAUAGUUUACUAUAGUAUUAUGAUUCUUUAUAGACAUGUUUCGAUUGCAAUGCCAAAAAUCCAGCAUGGUCCAGUGUGACUUACGGUGUCUUCCUAUGCAUCGACUGUUCUGCAGUUCAUCGAGGAUUAGGUGUUCACUUGACAUUUGUUCGAUCUACUCAACUUGAUACAAAUUGGACUUGGUUGCAAUUGAGAAACAUGCAACUAGGUGGAAAUGCAAAUGCUAGAAAAUACUUUGCACAACACAAUUGUACAACAACUGAUGCUCAGCAAAAAUAUAAUUCACGUGCUGCUAUGCAAUAUAGAGAAAAAUUGGCACAGGCAUCUGCUCAAGCAAUGAAACGUUAUGGAACAAAGCUGCAUUUAGAUGAUGGUCCAGCAUCAACAGGUGAAGAGCAAGGUGAAGUUGAUUUUUUUAAAGAACAUGAAAAUACUGAAGUAUAUCAUAAUCAAUCUUCAGUGCAUGCUGAGGGAAAUUCAGUUCCUGCUUCUAAUUCCAUAUCAAACAAUGACAAUGAGGACAAAAGUAAUCAAAAAGAUAGCUUAGAAACUGCUGCUAAUUCUUUAGGCCCUACUGUUAAGUUAUCUGAUUCUACCUCAAAUUUGGUAUCUGAAAGGAAACCUACUAUAGGCAUCAGAAAGAUUCAAAAUAAACGAAGUGGUUUGGGAAAAAAAGCUGGUGGAUUGGGCGCUCAAAGAGUUAAAACAAAUUUUGAUGAAUUAGAAAAAAGUGUUGCUGAAGCUAAUAAAGAAUCGCAGGAAAAAAAUCAGCAAGAAAAUACAAAAGAAGAACAAGAAGAAAUUGCUACUCGACUUGCUUAUCGCUAUGAAAAAAAUUUAAUCAUUCUGCACUCGGUGAUAUGCGAACAAUAACACAGGAAACAUCAUCAAAGACUAUAACUGCUUCUGAACCAAGGCCGAGAGAUGUUGAUAUUGAACGAGAUCUUUUUAUUAGUUUAGACGAAUUUUAUGCGGCCUUAUCAACCCCAUAUAGUAGCAAUACUAACAACAAAUCUCGCAAUGAGGAAGUUAUUGUUAUUGCAGAGCCAGAACCACCAAAACGAGUAGCUCCAUCGAGCAAACCAAAUAAUAUUAAGAAUGAUAGUAAAACAAUGGUAGAAGGAGAAGCACAAAAGAAAUUUGGUAGUGCUAAGGCUAUUAGUUCAGAUCAGUAUUUUCAGGAUAGCAAAGAUGAUGAUUCUUGGGAGCGUAAAAGCAAUUUGCGACGUUUUGAAGGUUCAUCUAGUAUUUCAUCAGCUGAUUAUUUUGGCACAGGAAGUUCUACAGCAACAUCUCCCACGUCUUCUUUAUCAAUGCGUCUUAGUGGUGGGAGAGCUGGAGUCGAUUUAGAUGAUGUUAGAGAAAGCGUACGUCAGGGAGUAAAUAAGGUCGCAGACAGAAUAAGUUCUCUUGCCAAUGCGGCUGUUUCUUCUUUACAAGACCGUUAUGGACUUUGA